AUAGAAAACAACAAUGGCCUUUAGUGAAGGUGAAGUUUGUAGAAUUUGUUUAAGCGUUAAUAUACGCAUGUUUGCACUAAAGGAGACUGGCCUCCAAUAUUUGUAUAAGACAUUGACGAACAGUUUUUCUAUACCAAAACCGCAUAAGGUUAGAGGUGAGAUUAAAUUCACACCAAUUUAUCAUAUAGAUAUCUGGCCUGUAGAGUGUGAUAUAGACAAUGAUUGCAAGGACGAAAUUUUUUGCCUUGAUGCCGUUAAAGUUGAGGAAGAGAUUUUCGAAUAUGAGAAUUCCAAAUUUGAAGAAAAUGAGAAUCAUGAAACAGAACCAUACAUCAUACCGACAAAUCAUUAUUCAAAAGCGUCUGAGAGCAAGAUUAAAUCAAAUUCUACUGAUUGUAACAUAAACGAUGUUCGAAACCUUGAUUUAGAAAGCCCUACUAUUAAAUCAAAGCCUAAAGUCAAAAAAGAUAAUCAACCAAUUAAUAAAAAAGGAAAGCAUCCUGCAAAUAUUAUGAGAAAGAAAAUAUUGAAACAAAAGAGUGUAAAUAUACUUACGAAAAAAACGUCAGGGGCAUCAACAAAAUACAUUUUUGAAUGUGAUGGUUGUAGCAAAAAAUUUUCAACAAAAGACAUUCUCGCCAAACACAUUUCAUACAGUCAUAAGACGCAAAAGAACCAAAAGAACACCACUGCAGUUCGGACACAAGUUGAACAAACUCCAGUACCACAACUAAUGGAAAUAUUUAAUUGUGAUAUUUGCGAAUUUAAAACAUCUCAAAAACGUCGCAUUUUGGCACAUCUUAAAGCGCAUGUUGCUGAACAAGUGUACUGUUGUAAUAAUUGUGAUUAUAAAAGUGUAAAAAAAAAUCAUUUGCAGAGACAUAUGAAAAUACAUACUGGAGAAAAACUUUUUUCGUGUCAUAUCUGUAAAUAUCAAUGUAUUCAAAAAAGUCAUUUGCAAUCACAUAUGAAAAUACAUACUGGAGAAAAACCUUUUUCAUGUAAUAUCUGUGAAUAUAAAUGUAUUAGAAAAGAUGUGUUGCAAACACAUAUGAAAAUACAUACUGGAGAAAAACCUUUUUCGUGUCAUAUCUGUAAAUAUCAAUGUAUAAAAAAAAGUCAUUUGCAAUCACAUAUGAAAAUACAUACUGGAGAAAAACCUUUUUCAUGUAAUGUCUGUGAAUAUAAAUGUAUUAAGAAAAGUGAUUUGCAAAGGCAUAUGAAAAUACAUACUGGAGAAAAACCUUUUUCGUGUCAUAUCUGUAAAUAUCAAUGUAUUCACAAAAGUAGCUUGCAAACACAUAUGAAAAUACAUACUGGAGAAAAACCUUUUUCGUGUCAUAUCUGUAAAUAUCAAUGUAUUCGUAAAAGUAAUUUGCAAACACAUAUGAAAAUACAUACUGGAGAAAAACCUUUUUCAUGUAAUAUGUGUGAAUAUAAAUGUAUAGAAAAAAGUAAUUUGCAAAGGCAUAUGAAAAUACAUACUGGAGAAAAACCUUUUUCGUGUCAUAUCUGUAAAUAUCAAUGUAUUCAUAAAAGUCAUUUGCAAAGGCAUAUGAAAACACACACUUGAGCAGAACCUUUUUUGUGAGAGAUCUGGUAAAAUAUGUGCAAUAUUAUGUAAACGUGUUGUAUAUAAAUAUAAAAGUAUACUAGAUAAAAAUCCAUUUGUCAUGAGUUCCUUAUGUAACUGUAGAACGAGUAGAAAAACAUUUCCGUAUCAUAUGUGCUAAUUGAAACUGCAUUUAUUCUGAAAAAGCUAAUUCAAAAACCAAAGAAGCAACCAAGUGAAAUCGAACCUUGAAAUAUGUACCGAGUGGUUAGUGGAAAGAGACCAGACCUUCAUGUUUUUUUUUUUUAUUUUAUUUAAAUCAUACUAUUUUGUUUU